GGCUGCUUCCUGGAGAACCUUUCCACCACGACGUCUCACGUCCCGAAUCAACCUGUCGUUUAGAUGUUCGACUCCGCAUUUUAUCAUAUCUUCAAUCAAAUCAGCGCAGUUAUGUUCUUGGCCACCUUUGCGAGUCCCAAAGUAAAUAUUCACGAACAAAUAGGAAAUGCUCCCCAAAUAAAACCUGCUCAUCUUAUACUACCAAAAAGUCAUAGAAACCUGGUUAAAUCCCCCCCAAGAGAUUGGCUUCCUCCUGAACCAGUACGGCCAGGUCUCGGUAGGUGCAUCGAAAAAUGCGGAGACCAUAUGACAGGAACCAUAGACGUUUGCAUAUCUACUGGCUUUAAUCAAGCACAUGUGAAGAUGGAGCAUUUUAAUUGCAUAAGAGCAUGUGGGCUGAGCAAUAUCUUACUAUUACCUCAUGAAGCUUGUCAACAUGAUCAUUUUUUUUAUCAUAUCAAUGAAACCAAUGCACCAGCAGUGGAACAUCCUCGUAUUAAGUGUGGAAGAAGGUGCUCAAUUGAUGGAGAAAACACGCUUUGCAUAACUGACGGUUAUGAUGAGUGGACUAUGUCUGUACAGGAGUACGCCUGCUUGUUUGCAUGUAGGAUGGCUCCAGCAUUACUACAUGCAGGACCAUGUCCUGAAGUACCUUAUCGGAUCCACCAUUGAGUACGAACUCUUUU